AUGACACGUCUUGGAGUAACAAACUCUUGGGGUGGAUGGACAAUUAGUGGUGAAAGUACAUCUAACCCAGGACUUUGGUCUUACGAAGGUGUAGCUGCAUCACACAUUAUUCUUUCUGGACUUCUUUUCCUUGCUGCUAUUUGGCACUGGGUAUUCUGGGAUCUUGAGCUUUUCCGUGAUCCACGAACUCAACAACCAGCUUUAGACCUUCCAAAGAUUUUUGGUAUUCACCUUUUCCUUUCAGGGGUUCUUUGUUUUGGAUUCGGAGCAUUCCACGUAACUGGACUUUUUGGUCCUGGUAUUUGGGUAUCUGACCCGUACGGACUUACAGGAGCAGUUGAGCCAGUUGCACCAGCAUGGGGAGCUGAAGGGUUUGACCCUUACAACCCAGGUGGGAUUGCUGCUCACCACAUUGCUGCAGGUAUCGUAGGUAUCCUUGCAGGUCUUUUCCACUUAAGUGUUCGUCCGCCACAACGUCUUUAUAAGGCAUUACGUAUGGGUAACGUUGAGACAGUACUCUCAAGUUCAAUUGCAGCUGUAUUCUGGGCUGCUUUUGUAGUUGGUGGAACUAUGUGGUACGGGUGUGCUGCAACUCCAAUCGAACUUUUCGGACCAACUCGUUAUCAGUGGGAUCAAGGUUUCUUCCAGCAAGAAAUUGAAAAGCGUGUACAAACGAGCGUAGCUGGUGGUGCAUCACUUUCUACAGCUUGGUCUACUAUUCCUGAAAAGCUUGCGUUCUACGAUUACAUUGGAAACAACCCUGCGAAGGGUGGUCUUUUCCGUUCUGGACCAAUGGAUAAUGGAGAUGGUAUUGCUGCAGGGUGGCUUGGACACGCGACUUUCACUGACAAGAACGGUCGUGAACUUUUUGUUCGCCGUAUGCCAACUUUCUUUGAAACAUUCCCAGUAAUUCUUAUUGAUGGGGAUGGUGUUGUACGUGCUGACGUACCAUUCCGUCGUGCUGAGUCAAAGUACUCAAUUGAACAAGUUGGAGUUAACGUAACUUUCUACGGUGGAGAACUUGAUGGGUUAACAUUCACAGAUCCAGCAACUGUUAAGAAAUAUGCACGUCGUGCACAACUUGGAGAAGUUUUCGAGUUUGACCGUGCAACUCUUCAGUCUGAUGGAGUUUUCCGUAGUAGCCCACGUGCAUGGUUUACUUUUGCACACGUAAGUUUUGCUCUUCUUUUCUUCUUCGGUCACAUUUGGCAUGGAGCUCGUACAAUUUUCCGUGAUGUAUUCGCUGGUAUUGACCCAGAUUUAGAUGAACAAGUAGAGUUUGGUGCAUUCCAGAAACUUGGAGAUGUUACAACUCGUCGUCAAGCUGUUUAA